AUGUUCCUUUAUCUCCCGGUAUUUUUUACUAAUUACCCUAUCUUAAAUUCCAAGACAGAAUAUAUAUUCUUAUUGCUACUCAUCAGUCUUGUUCUUCUAAUAUGUAUUGUUAUAACGAAAACAAGUUCACCCAAAAUUUACUUAAUAGAUUUUGCCUGCUACAAGCCGCCAACUUCUCAAAUGUGCUCGAAAGAGUUUGUUCUGAAUCAUGUUACAAGACACAACAAACAUAUCUCAAAGGAGAUGUUAGAUUUCAUUAAGAAGGCUUUUGAAAGAUGUGGCCUUGGUGACUCCACUUACUUGUCCGAGAUCUUUUUUGAGCAAAGUUAUAAACCGUCCUUGAAAGAUGCGACAAGGGAGGUCGAGAUGGCCAUCUUUGGUUCUGUAGACAUGCUUAUGGCAAAAACUGGCAUUAGAUGUGAGGAUAUCGGGAUCCUGGUUGUGAACUGUUGUAUUUAUAACACAAUGCCGUCUCUUUCUGGUAUGAUAGUAAAUCGGUAUAGGCUUAGAGAUAACACCAUCACCUACAAUCUUUCUGGGAUGGGAUGCAGUGCAGGACUCCUGGCAAUCGGACUUGCUAAACAACUCCUACAGGUGCACCAAAACUCAUACGCAUUGAUAGUAAGUACAGAAAGCCUUACAGAAAACUACUACCUCGGAUUAGAUCGUUCUAAGCAAUUUAUCAACUUCCUGUUCCGAGUUGGAGGUGCUGCAAUUCUACUUUCCAACCACCCUUCCGAUUAUAAAAUAUCUAAAUACCAACUUCUUCAUGAAAUACACACUAACACAUCAUGUUCAGAUCGUUCCUACAACUGUAUUCUUCGAGAAGAAGAUGCAGCUGGAAUAGUCGGUGUCACCAUCAACAAAGACCUACUCGCUGCUGCCAUCGCCACCAUCAAACCAAACGUAACCACCGUAGGAUACUUAAUACUUCCAGUAAAAGAAAAACUCUUUUACUUAGUUACUUACAUAACAAGGAUACUGAUUCCGUUGGUGAAAAUAUCACAGUAUAUACCGAAUUAUAGCACCAGCGUCGAUCAUUUCCUUCCUCACGUUGGUGGUAAGCCGGUGCUCGAUGAGCUGCAAAAAACUCUCGGGUUUUCCGAGGAAGACAUGGAAGCAUCAAGAAUGACAUUGUACAGGUAUGGAAACACCUCCAGUAGCUCCAUAUGGUAUGAGCUGGCUUACGUGGAGGCAAAGGGUUGGGUCAAGAAAGGGAACCGGGUUUGGCAGAUCGCCUUUGGGUCAGGUUUCAAAUGUAACAGUGUUAUCUGGCAGGCAACUAAGACCGUUGAUCAUGAUGACCAUAAUCCUUGGACGGACGAGAUUGAUCAAUUCCCCGUAUCGCGCAAGGACAUGGAACCAUUUCCAGUUUAUUUCAAACCUUCCUAGUAAUACUAGCUUAUCGUUCCUAAAACAAUUGGAUAUCUUAUUAUUAUUCAUGUUAGCCCUGUACAAUAAUGGCUUGUUAGGCCCAGUUCGAAUCCAGUUAGUAUGGCUUAGCUCAUGUUUGUUUGUUUUUGUUUGUCCAGGUAAUUUGGUAGUCCUGGUCUCUAGUUUUCUUUUUUCUUUCUUUGAAUGGCAAAGUUUUACAUUAUCUGUAGUAUUACUUCUAAAACUACCCUAAAUAAGCUUACAUUCAGUACCAA